AACCUAUUCUUUCCGUUUUGUUGUAGAAAAAGGAAGUGAAGUAGUUAACACCCCAGAAAAUAGUCGGUGAAAAUAGUAUCAAAAUGUCAGAAGAGUUAGUGUGGGGAGUUAAGAAUGGAGAUAUUGAUGCAGUUAAAAAAGAAAUAGAAAAUAAAAAGGGAGAUAUUAAUACUGAAGUACAAGGAAGAACUGCCCUUCACUUUGCAGCAGAUUAUGGUCAAACAGAUGUUAUAACUUGCUUGUUAGAUAAUGGUGCUGAUAUAAAUAAACCAGAUAAACAUGGUAUAUCGCCACUUUUAGCAGCAAUAUGGGAAAAUCAUACAGAUGCUGUUAAGUUGUUAUUAGAAAGAGGUGCUAGUAAAGAGGGUAAGGCACCAGACGGAACGUCGUACUAUGACUGUGCGGAGACGGAUGAUAUUAAAGAAUUAUUGAAGAAAAAAUAAAUUGACACAUUGGUGCUAUAUUUCCAAAGGAAAGAGACUUACAAACCUUGUAUUUGGAAUGCCAGGAAUUAUUAAUUAUGAGACAGACUGUGAAGAAAAGAACAGGAAAAAAUGAUCAAACAUUUUAAUGUUGCAGAGAUCUAACGAAGAGAUGAAGGAAAUUUGAAAAAUGGAAAUAUUUUUUUUAAAUGAUUUAAUUGAAAGUACAAAGAUUGUAUGUUGAUUGAAUAUUGUGAAAAUUGUAAUGGUAUGAUUUUUUUUCAAGUUUAUAAAUUUUCAAAGUAAAUUUUGAAAUCACUUUAGGAAAAUAAAUAGAAACGAAGAAGUAAAACGAUGUAAUUAAAACAAUUCAAUGUGGUAAAAUGAUUUUUUUUUUAAUAUUUUGUUCUUUUUUUUUCAAAAUUAGCUGAACAGAGUAUGCAUUAAGUGUGCUUUACUUUUCAUCGAUUUGAUUGUUGGGUUUUCAAACUUUUCUUAGGUAAUUUGUAGUAGCUUUUCUCAUUCAGUUGCAUUAUAUUUAAAUUUGUCAUAUAAUAUUUGUUUUCAGCUUUAUAUUAUGCUUGUAUUUCAUACUUGUUAAAGUGACUUAAAUUCAGGCAGGUUACAUUUUAUGCUUUGGUGAGAAAUUCAGCAACUUAAAUAAAUUUCUGCAAAUUUAUUUUUGGAAGGGGAGCAUAAUAGACCUUUGAUAGAAUUGAGCUAUAUAUAUAUAUAUAUAUAUGUACCUGUAAAUUUUAAAAUGUUCUUAUUUUGUUAGUCUUAAGCUGAUGGUUUAUAACUUUGCAACUUUUUUUAGAAUUUUUUUUUUGUGUUUUUGUAUAAAGAUUUCUGUGAAAUCACUGUUAAUGAUUGCGAAUGAAUGUUUGUUAGAAUUUUUCGGUGUAUGUUUGUAAUUUAUAAACAGUUGUUUAUAGACAAUUCAUUGCACAGUGUUUGUGAUUUCACAUGUUGUUUUUUAUUUACCUUAUUAUUCUGUCAAGAGGAAUGGCAUAUAUUCAUAUUUAUAUACAAGAAAUAGUAACAUUUCUUAUAUCAAAAAUUAUCUUUAAAGAGUAACGGAAGUGUUAAAAGGGUGGAUUUUAUCAUAAUCUAAUAUCUUUUAUUUAUUGAUUAUACGAGGGUUGUCCCAAAAUAUCGUAGACUUCAUUAUUUUCUCUUCAACCUGACGUCAUAACUUAAUAACAUUUACCAGAUAUCUUCCUUGGUCAUUUGUUAAUUUACCUUCUUAAAGUAAAUAGCCAAUAUAUAAGGUAACGCUUUUUAUCAGGGUUUUAUAUUAAACAGUACAACAUACCCGGAGCACGAUAAAAUAUUAGUCAGUGUUGAGAGCAUGCUUCUUAAAAACAUGCCUUUAACUUCCAGCAUAAUAAUAAUUAUGGGAAAUACAUUCCUGUGGAACGACGUCAUUCAUUUUUACGUCAUAUCACCAACAGACGUUUAUGUAACGCUACUUUGAAAAAAUCUGUAGCAUAAUAUGUAACAGCAAACUCGUACAUGUAGUUUAAAAGACAUGGUGUAGAACUAUAUCUUAAUUGCUUAAGUCAAGUCAAUGACCUGCCAGAUGCCCACCCAAGCAUGGUUAAAUUGUUUCCCUUACUAUGAAAGUUGCUGUACUUGUAUUUCAUGUUUGACUUAAGUGUAACAGGAUAUUUUAUAAAAGUCUUUUUGAAUCAUGUAGAAAUAACGACAACGUCUGUUAUCUAUAAUUCCUUUUAUUCAUGAUAAAUUGAUACAUGUAUAUGGAACAUAUCAAAUAUUUAAAUUCCUUUGACAAUCUUUGUUCAAAAUAAACCCUUAGUCUGCUUGCAGCAACAGAUUCUGCCCAUGUGACCAGUGCAGACCAUGAUCAGAUGACAUGGAUCAUCCGUGCAGUCUGAUCUGAAUCCGCUCUGUGCCGUCUGCAUUGUUCACAAUUCAGUUAGUAUAUAUUUUGAAAAUUUCCCUAAAAAUGAUGAAUGGUUUUGUCCACCUACUGAAAGAUAGACAAGUCCAUUUAAGAUAUUUAGGGUUGUUAGGGGUAAGGUAGAAUGACAUAUUUCCGAUUGAGGUAGGUUAGGGUUAAGGUAUACCUACUGAAUGACUUGUUUAAGUUGUUAUAUAUUUCAGAAUGCCCAUGUGAUCAUAUGCUUCAAUUAAAACAUGGUUAGUGUCAAUUUAUUUUGUUUUUGGAAUACUUGUUGCCAUUUUGUUUGCUUAAAAUUUUUUAUAGAUACUUAAACAUAAGGCAUUAGUAAUAACGAUUUGUGCGCAGAAGUGCCCAGCAAGACUCUUAUAGCCUAAAAAAUAUAGUCAGAAAGACCUUUAAGUAUUUCUUAGGUUUUUAGAAACUUAAAAGAAUACCAACCCUGUUUCAUGUUACCAGGGUUCAACAUUUUUUUUUUACAUUUUUGCAGAUAGUCUAAGGGAGAUAAUUGUCCGAGAUAGAAAAAAAAGUGCUAAUUAAACAAAUCUUGGAUAUGACAUUACAACAAAAAUUGUUUAUUUUUAGUCAUUUUGUAUCUCUCGGCAAGACUGAACUGUUUUGGAGUUGUUAUUUUUGACAACUCAGUUUAAGCAUUUUCUCUUUAUUUAAAAUACCUACCUAGCAAAACUGUUAUUAUCAACAUUACAGUAAACGGGCCAUAACUCUGCAUCAUAUACAUUAUAUCAGAAUGAUAGCCUUUGGUAAAAAAAAAUAAUGUUUCAUGAAGUAUUUAAAUAGCAAUAUAUUUAUACCGAUAUUUCACAACAUUGCUCUUGGAAAUUGUGUUCGUCGUUUGAUAAAAAAAUCACAGCUGGUUUUUUUUUUUUUCAGAAAAGCAUUGCUUUUAUUUUAAUCAAGCAACUCUUCCUCCCAGCUAUUAUAAAAAAAAUAAGGUUAUAAGAUUGUUUUUGUCUUCUUAUCUUCAUACAACAGUUUGCUAUUAGUAUUUGUUUUUUAUAUAUAUAUAAAAUAGUGCUGUGAAAAAUUUAUUGUGCAAUGUUUUAAUAUACGAAUUCAUAAUAUCAUUGUAUCACAAAAAUCAUUGUCUGAAUAUAAUGCUAUUGAUAUAA